CCAAUCACCCACAGCCUAAUUCAUUGAUAGUGGACGUGGUUCACCACAAGAGUAAGAUGCCCCACUUCAAGAACGUCCUACCGGAUAGGGAUACUAAGAAAUUAGACCUUUUUGGGCGUCAGGUUUAUUCUUCCUCAACCUUGCUCCUCCGAAUUGCCAACUAUGCUGCCCUGUUGUCAAGUCAUAAUUUUGACAAUUAUUCCAAGCUUCCGGAUCAUAUGCAGCACCUUCCCGAGAACAAGAGACUUCUUCUUAGGGCAGUCGUCCAAGAGGGGUUCACGGCAUGCAGAACAUCGCUUCAAAUCGCUGCUGAUGUUGCGGAUACAGCCGCACGGGCCAUGGCAACAGGUAUUGCGAUGCGUAGAGCCUCCUGGCUACUGUCGGCGGGAGCCCCUAAGGAGUUGCAGUCUAAAGUGGAAGAUUUGCCCUUUAACCGCCAAAAGCUGUUUGCCUCCAGUACAGAUGACAUUCUUCAUUCUGGCAAGGACUCUCGUACUACCCUCCGAACUCUAGGGAUGUACAAGCCGCCUUUCAAAUGCAGGUGGUAUUACCCCUUUCAGAGGAGAUAUGAUUAUUCAUCCUACAAGCAGCAACAGCAAUACGGACCUGACCAAUCUAGGUUUAGGCAGCGUCCUCAACGCAAACGCCAGCAACAGAAUCGCCCAUCAGCUCGCCCUGUUCAGAAACAGCAGGUUUGACUUCUGUGCGAAGGACUCGAACACGUCUCCAGUGGUCAACACACAAAAGCCUGCCGACGGCCUCUUCUAUCACCGUCUGAGGCCAUAUCUUCACCAAUGGGCCACCAUUACUUUGGACCGAUGGGUCCUAGAGGUCAUAUCAUCAGGCCUAACGAUCCCCUUCACCUCAGUUCCUCCCACUACCCCUCCCACCCCGUCUCUGCUCAGGGACCCAUCUCACGGGGUCGCUCUUCAAGGAUAAGCUCUUCAUCUCCUAGAGAUCGGAGCCAUAGAACGAGUACCUGCAGAGUUCCGGGGGAAAGGUUUCUACUCCAGGUAUUUCCUAGUUCCCAAGAAGUCCGGGGGGUGGAGACCUAUCCUUGAUCUGAGAGGCCUAAAUCGUUUCAUACGGAAGCAGCGCUUCAAAAUGACCACGCUGGCCAAGAUCAUACCAACACUAAACAGAGGAGACUGGUUCGCAGUCCUAGAUUUACAAGACGUGUAUUUUCAUGUGACAAUACACAUAGCUCACAGACGAUUUCUGCGAUUCGUAGUGGGGGACGACCACUUUCAGUACAGGGUACUUCCGUUUGGUCUUGUCUCAGCCCCAAGAGUAUUCUCCAAAACGCUGGCGGUAGUGGUUGCUCAUCUGCGCAGAACAGGGGUCUGAAUUUUCCCCUAUCUCGACGACUGCCUCAUCAAGGGCCGCACUCAG